AUGGGUUCAAUAACUGAAAACCAAAGCAUUUCUUUAAGUGGUGAUGCUAGCUAUAAAAUUCUGGACUCAAGAUAUUCUGAUGUAGAAAACGCUGAAUUACUAAAAGAGGCGAUUAGAGUUGGGCUACCUCCUCAUUAUGAUUUUGAAAUAUUUAAAACAAUUAAAAGAAUUAACGAAUUAAAAUCUACUUCAGAUGACAAAGGCCACUUUACCGUAUAUUUACAAAUGCCAGAAGGGUUGUUAGUUUUCUCUCAAUCCAUUUCUCUUAUUCUACAACAUUUUACCCAAGCAAAUGUAGUGAUAAUAGGGGAUAUAACAUACGGAGGUUGUUGUAUAGAAGAUCAAUUAAUGAACAUGAUUGAAUCUUCAAAUUCAAAAUCAUCAAACCUAUCUUUACUUGUACAUUAUGCUCAUUCAUGUUUAAUUCCCUUUGAGGAAUUGGCUAGCCCUAAUGAAACCAAUAUUGCAAAUGUUCUUUAUGUCUUUGUCGAAAUUAACUUAUUAUCAGAGCAUUUUAUUCAAACUAUAAAGCAUAAUUUCAGGCAAGAAGACAAGAUUGCAUUGCUAUCAACUAUUCAAUAUCAUAGUACAAUUGUUAGUUCCUUAAAGCAUUUGAAUGAGUAUUUUUCAAAUCCCGUGAAAAUACCCGUUUGUGAUCCUUUGGCAUGGGGCGAAACUCUUGGAUGCACUAGCGCAGUUAUUGACGACGAUGUGGAAAAGUGUAUUUUUCUUUCUGAUGGCAGAUUUCAUCUUGAAAGUGCUAUGAUGCAAAAUCCGGAUAAAAUAUUUUAUUUAUAUGAACCUUUUUCAAAAAAAAUUACUCGAGAAAUAUAUAACCAUCGGCUUUUACAUGAAAUGAGAAAAAGUUCAAUAAUUAAUUCAUUUAAAAUAAAUGAAAUGGGUGGAAACAAUCUGAUUAAUGGUAUUAUAAUUGUUGGGAUAUUUUUUAGCACAUUAGGCCGUCAAGGUAGUUUUGCGAUACUCGAAAGACUAGAGAAACUUAUUAAAAAAUAUAACAUGGGCACAAAUUGUAAAGCAAAGUUAUUUGCUUGCUCUAUUUUCGCUUCAGAUUUGUCUGCAGAAUCUAUAAACAAUAAUUUUUUAGAAGGAAUGGAUUAUUCGAUACAACUUGCGUGCCCCAGACUGUCUACUGACUGGGGUAUUUAUUAUACGAAACCAAUUCUCAAUUCAUAUGAAGCAUUUGUAUUAUUAGGUAAUCUUUCUAAUAAUAACUUUCAGUUUUUCAAUGAGAUGGAAGAUAAUUUAGACACAUCUUAUUCCGAAUUUUCAUACCUCCAAAUAUAUCCGAUGAACUACUGGGCAGCAAAUGGUAAUAUAUGGUGUAACUAUUAUUUGGAUGAAUCGAGAAAUGGUAGUUUUGCUGCAUCUAAGGAACGGAUUGAUGAGAUCAAGUACAACAUUAGACAAAACAAAUUUAAGAAUUUAACUAAACGAAAAAUCAAUUUACAUUAUGAAAAUAAGUAA